GAAUUUCUUGGGGAAGCUCUUAGGGAAAAGGAUGUGGGGAGGCUCAGGGGUCAGGCGCCUGUCGGUGCCCAGCUGCCCUGCGCCUCCUCUCUCCGCCAGUCUGAAGAGGGGGGGGGACCCUCCCCGAGCCCUGGCGCCCUCUAACACUGCAGUGCUCUGGGAGGAUCUAGCUGAGGCCCCCUUAUAAAACCCGUGCAGUCCUGCUCCCCGAAGCGGAAAAACUUCAACAGAAAGGGAGUAGUAGGGUGAAUGACUGUUUGUAAAGGGUUUACUUCCCUUUGGGCCAGUGAAGGGGAGAUAUCCUUUUGGGGAGGUUAGGAGGGAGUCCGGAGCCCUCCAGGAGCAAGGUGGGAACGGCCUCUCUAGCUCUUUUUUGCCCUCAAGGCCAGAGAGAGCGCUCUUCUUGGGUCCACUUCUGCCUCGCCUCCCCCCUGACAGCCCACUCCACCGCCCCCCCCUUUCCCUAGCUCUGCGGCGGCGCGCGGGGUUCGGGUGCUGAAUAUCGCCUGGAUCUUGACGGCGCCGCGGCAGGUUGCAGUGGAACGUGCCCGGUGGGGGACUCGGUGGCUGGGUUCCCGCUGUUGCGCCUGCCGCGCGAAAUCCCAGGCUCUAAAAGGGUGGUCGCAGGGGAGAGAGGGGCAGAGAAGACGAGCGAAGGGGAUCUCGAGCUGCGCUUGGUUGGAUCUACUGCUGGUUUUCAGCCGCUACGGAGGAACCGGGGAACUACGAGCCAGUCGGCAUUUUGGAGCUAUUGACUCCUAAAAUUCUCUGCAGGAGCUGACAAUUGUUUGGCAGAGAAAAUUCACCAAAAGGAAAAAAAAAACCAUGAGGAAAGUAUGAAAUUUUGAAUAACCCUUUCAGGGACACGAAUCCCCACUGACUGGGGAUCCAAUAUCCAUCCGCCUCCAAGUGGGGAACCUUCUGGCAUUGUGCUAGGCUGCCACAAAGAUUCCUAUUCCUACCACAAACCAGAAAUUGGUUUCCAGGCCUGCACUGGUGCUAUGCUCUGCUGUCUACAGUAAAAGUCCUCGCCCCCUGUCUGCCGCGGAGAGUUUUAGGAUGGAUGAAGCCGUAGAGGUUUCCACUGAUGGAAACUCCCUGAUCAAGGCGGUCUAUCAAAGCCGGCUGCGCCUGACCCGGCUCUUGCUGGAAGGGGGAGCCUACAUCAACGAGAGUAACGAUCGCGGGGAAACCCCUUUAAUGAUCGCCUGUAAAACCAAGCAUAUCGACCACCAGAGUGUCAGCAAAGUCAAAAUGGUCAAGUAUCUGCUGGAAAAUAAUGCCGACCCGAACAUCCAAGACAAGACUGGGAAAACCGCCUUGAUGCACGCUUGCUUGGAAAAGGCGGGCCCGGACAUCGUCUCCUUACUGAUCAAAAGCGGAGGCGACUUGAGUCUGCAAGACCACUCGGGUUACUCCGCUCUAGUAUAUGCCAUCAAUUCGGAGGACAGAGACACCUUGAAGGUUCUUCUCAAUGCGUGCAAGGCUAAAGGGAAAGAAGUCAUCAUAAUCACCACCGCCAAGUCUCCCUCCGGGAGACACACCACCAAGCAGUACUUGAAUGUGCCCCCUGGGGACAUGGAGGGAUUUCAUUCUCCCACUUCCUGCACCACACCAUCGGAAAUCGAGAUUAAAACGGCUUCCUCUCCCCGGUCCAACUCCUCUGAAAUGGAGAAAGGUCUUUUUGGCUUUAAAGACCUGGAUCUUUCAGGGAGCAGUGACGAUGCUUCGGAACCAGGUUCCCCUACUAGAAGACCCACCGCAGUUCCCAGUGGACCUAAGCUGGGCCAGGCACAACACCUGCAUUCCGAUCCUUGGGUAAAGAGCUCUCCUUCACUGUUGCACCUGGGUAAAGUGGCAUCUUUUCAAGAAGAGCUCCAGGAUAUUACCCCGGAGGAAGAAUUCUCUCUGAAAACUAAUGGCCUAGCCUUAUCCAAGCGGUACAUCACACGCCAUCAGAGUAUUGACGUGAAAGACGCAGCCCAUUUGUUAAAGGUCUUGGAACAGGUUGGGUCCAGGAAGCUGUCUUACGAAGAAAUCCUUUCGCAGCCCCUCUUUUCGGAAGGAAGCCAGCCUUGCAAUGACGUCCUAGUGGACCAGGACCCCGAGUCAACAGCCCAGACUAUGUUUGUUUCUACCCUGAAAAAUAUCGUCCAAAAGAGAACCUCGGGGGCAAAUCACUAUAGUUCUGAUUCGCAGCUCACCACCAGUCUCACUCCGGCAACUGCGGAAGAUGGAAAAACGUUUGCAGGAAAGAAAAAAAUCCUCUCCCCAUCGCCACCAGGGCUGGCGGGGUCCAAGGAAUUGCCAGAGAACGGGCCUCCUGGGCCCCUGAGCAGGCGAAAUCACGCGAUGCUGGAAAGACGGGGUUCAGGGGCCUUCCCAUUGGAUCACACUUCCCAAACCCGGCCAGGAUUUCUUCCCCCCUUAAAUGUGAAUUCCCAUCCUCCUUUGCUGGAUAUCGGCGUUAGCAACAAGAUUUCUAGUCUCUUUUCUUGUGGACAAAAGAUGAUCAUGCCAACAGUCCCUACAUUCCCCAAAGAGUUCAAAAGCAAGAAAAUGUUGUUAAGGAGACAAUCAUUACAAACGGAACAAAUUAAACAACUAGUAAAUUUUUAAAAGCUAAUCAAUAAACACAUUUACAUACCGUGCCUGUGUCUGAAAGAAAGACCGAAGGAGCCUUGAAUGGUUAUCUAGUAGAUCCUCCUUCCUCCUGGGAAGCAAUCAGUAACUCUAUGGGUAUCCAUUAGGAGUUGAGCAUCCUAUUAGGCACUGUGGUAAUACAUCCUUGGAAUAAAAGGGAUAGUCACGGCCUCUGGGCAGUUCAAAACACCUAAACUAUCAUGGGGUGGGGGUGGGGGCGGCAUUCUCCCAGCUAAGGAAACUUUCCACCAAUACAGAUGUACAACUUACCUGUAACUUGCGCAUUGUGCCUGGCACUUAGUAGGUGCUAAAUAAAUGCUUGUGGAUUGAUGGACUUUAUAGAGUUUGUUGGCCUUGAACACCAAGAAAUGAAGUGACUUUGCAAGGGUCACACAGCCAGGAUGUGUCAGAGGUAGAACUUGAACCCCCAUUUUCCAGACUCUUCAAGGCCACUUCUCCAUCUCCUAUACCACAUGGCCUCUCACUAUUAAGUGCAGAUUUGAAGUCCUUUUUUCGGAUAGGACCCAUCAUCUCCCUCAACAACACAUAACAACCUUCAUAUGAUCCAAGUUUUUCACUUAAGUAAAAAAUCAAUAUGGAAAAAAGGUCACAUUUUGCAACAGUUCUAUAGAAUGUUUAAGAUGUCCAUCCAACCCAAAGUAUAAAAGUGGGACAUCAGGACAGUUAUACAAUUUUUGACUACUCCUCUCCCCCUAAAAAAGAAUAAAACAAAUCAUGUUAUAGGUAGGACUUUAAAUAAAAUAAAAAUACAGCACAUUGCAAUGGCAUUAAUAAGUUUAGCUGGGGAAGUAAUAUUUAUAUAGUCAGCUGUUGAAUCACCAUGAAAUAUUGCCAGUGGCAAAGUGCUGAUAAAAAAAAGUUAUAGGCUAUUUCAAUAUCCCUCUACGUGUAUGAUUCUUCUCUGAGUUCCUUCCUUCUCCAUACCUACUAACUUCUGUGGUCAUCAAUGGAAAUUAUCUAUAAAUUGUUAACAAUAAGCUUUACAUAUAGUAAUAGAUCAAAAGUCAAUACUCGUUUGAAUUCUAUAAAAUAACUUAAGUGGUCAUUUCCAAAGAAGCACUGAUUUCAUUGAGAACAAAUUUAGUUUCUGGUAAGCACUGACUAAAUGUGCAUUUAGUUUAACUAUUGAAUAUAAGGUUAUAGUUAAUUAAGAAACCCAGUAGAAACUUAGUAAAAGAGUGUCCUAGCUGGUUAGAGAUUUCAUUCAAAAACUUUAUUUCUGAUUUGCAAUGAAGACAGGCAUAUUUGUGUAGACUUGUAUCUGUAUAUCCCAAAAUUUAAUUCAAACAAAGUAUUUCCAUUCAUCUAGUUUUUUAGAACCUAUGAAUAGAAAAUGGAAAUUAUUGUCUUCUAUAUUAUUUGGAAAUAUGAUAUUAUAAAAUGCAAUUCUUCCUCCUGGAUAUAGUAGUUAUAUUAAAAAAUAUGAAUAAACUUACAUCAUUCCUAAAAUUUAAAGUUUUAAUAUUUGUGGUUCACAGCAUUAGAUCUUUCUCCACAUCAUUCUAGCAUUAAUCUAAUAAAUAACUGUGCAGGAAAACAAUUAUUCUGUAUUUCCUAAUUUCCAGUUUCUGCUGCUUUUCUCGGCAAUUUGAUAGAAGCCAAUUGUACUGUACCUGAUAGUGGUUUAGUUGUAGGUAGUUUGACAUUUUAAAGAAAAUAAAUAUUUAAUUGCAGGGUUUUGUUCCUUGAUGUUUCUGUGGAUGAAUCAUAUGAUCAAAGAAAUCUUUUUUUGGUCCAGAUCAUUGUCCUAAGGAAAUGUACCUGGUGUUUACAGAUAGCUAAACCCAUUGUUAUAGUUUUAAUAUUGGCAGUAUUGUUUGUUUUAGUUUUAAAGAUGUACAUUAGAAAGAAUAUGCAAAUGGUUCUAUUCAUAAACCAACCUACUCUGUAAAUAAAGACUUUAAAUGUAAUUUUGAAUGUCA